CAUCGUUGACUGCCGUGCGGGUGAGGGUCGUCCCUCUGUUUCUCGGUUGCACUGUGAGUGUCCGCGUGCGAUUUCCACUCUCGAAAUUCCAUUCGCUGGAAGAGUGUAUCUGUCCCAUCCUAGAGUGUGGCCGUAUUAGUAUCAAGACGUUACAGAAGGAAUCCUGUCGUAGAGCAGUGCCGAGGAAGGAGUAAAUCCAUUUUGAGGAACUUUUCAUGUCUCCGCCUUCACCUUGGGUCAUCUGCGCCAGACACGAAGACGCCGCAGACUCGAGCGCUAAGGGCGGUGCCACCCAUGCAGCAGCUCCCCUCGGGCCUCGCCGACCGCCCCCCGCUACCCUUCCGUUCCCCUCGCCCGCGGCUAUGGUAACUGCGACCUCCUCUGUAAACAUGGGUCAUCUCGGCUUGGCAUGCGAGGGCGACGGCGUGGACCAGAUGCUGGAGGAACACCCGACCUACCUUGAGUGCUUCUCGAGGCUCCAUCACGAAAUCAUGGCUGGCGACGGACCCCUCCCCGAGCACUACCGCCGCUACAUCGCCAUCAUGGCCGCUUGCCGCCACAACUGCAGCUACCUGGUGGAGGAGCAGCGCCAGGCCUUCCGCGAGUCCGGCGGGCCCGAGGAGUGGCUGCUGGGCCUCGAGUUCGCUCCCAAAAAGCUCCAGGAACUCCACCACACCAACCUCAUCCUCGCGCACCAGCCCUGGCUUUACGAUAUACACCACGUCGAGAAGUUAUUGAAGAGCUGCUGGUCGGUGGGCGAGCUGACGCAAGCCAUCUGUAUCUUGGCGCAGUUCCACGCCCUCUCCUCCUACGUGCACGGCUGCGGGAUCGAGGUCUCGUCCGGGGAGGUCGCCGUCCAGCCGUCCUUCCUGCAGGCCUGCUCGUCGGGCUCCCCAAGCAGCGUGGAGCUGAGCGAGGGCGGGGUGGACGUCCUGGUGGAGCGAAUGAGGUCCAUCUCGCUCGUCCAGUCCGACUUCAACGGCAUCUCGGAGGAGCAGACGAGAGUCAGUUUUGAAAAGCUGAAAAAACAGGCUGCCAACAUAUCAAGUCCAAACGUCGACGGCACGGAAGUCUGCAAAUCUCGGUACAGCCACUUGUCCCCCAAUCCGGAAUUCAUGUAUGUUGACUUCCACAAGAGAGGAGAGAAGUCGCCCGUACCCACUAUCAAAUCGCAGGACUGUUCAUGGGAAGAACAUGGUUUCUCCCUUGUAAGUGAACUUUAUAGUGAAGUAGCUGAUAUAUUAGACAACAAGUUCAAGACUGCAUAUAACAUGACUUAUUACACCUGCGGCCACAAGACACACGUGGACACUUUCCUUUUCCGUCAAGCUGUGUGGAAUUAUCUUCACUGUUUAUAUGGCAUAAGACAUGAUGACUAUGACUACAGCCAGAUCAAUCAGCUGUUGGAGAGGAACCUGAAGAUGUUCCUCAAGACAGUCACGUGCUUUCCUGAGAGAUUAUCUUCAUUAGAGGCGUCUCCUUUCAUCAUGAAGGGCUUCCUCAACAGUGAAAAGGUUCAUGUGAUGGUCCUGGUACUGGAAGGACGCUUGCAGGCAGAGCUACUCCAUGGCCUGCGAGCGCUAGGCCACUAUCUAAUGUGAGCCCCUGGGAUGUGGAAGAAGCUGUGAUGUGACAAUGCCUUGGGAAAACUUCCUGGUUGUAUACCCAUGAGGGAAGUGAGAACCUGCAUCAGAGCAGUACCUUCAGUUUGGUGAAGGCACACUUAUAGCAAGUGUGAAGGGAAAAUUAUGGUUAUCUCAAAUUGUAUAGAACUAGUUGCAUAGCUACUAGUUGCUGGUCUUCUGCAUUUCGAUAGGGGAAAAGAAAUAGUCUCAUGUACCACAUUGGUAUUAUUGUCUGCAUUGAAAUAUGCACAGUAUGAAACUGAUAUUUGGAAGUUUUUUCUUUUAAAAUCAGCAGACACUGAAUCAGUUUACCAGAUUAAAAAGAAUAUUAUUAUUAUUAUCUUUCGAAAUUGUUUAUUGAUUAGAUCUGGCAGGAGAGAUUGAUAGAUUGCUGCUUAGCAAGACCAACAGGUAAAUUUGUCCCACUUUCCCUUUUACUGUGUCUUGUCAAAUCAAGGAGAACCUCAGCUGUUUCAGAGAUCUGCUGUUAUUUUGGAAAAUGUCUGUAUAUAAUUAUCUAUUUGGCAUCUUUUAGAUGGAUUUAACUUAGAUAUAUAUGAUAUCCUUUGCUAUGAGAUGUGAAUGUUGCAUAGUAUAAUGUGUAAUCCUGUGGCUUUGCAGUAUUGCUUGAAAGGACUGUAUUUACAUGCUUAUAAACCAUUGUGAUUCAUUGCUGUAGAAGUUUUAUGGGUACAACUAAUACAUAGGUUUGCCCUUUAAAGUAAAUGUCAAAUUUUGAAGCACCAGACUUUCUAUUUUAAAAUUGUUAUAUUAAUUUAGAUUUACUAUUUAUGAAUGAACCCAGGAAAGUUUUUAAGAUGUUUUUUUUGCAGUUGUUUAGAAUUAACAAUAGAUAAUUAUAGAUAAUAAAUCUAUAGAUCAAUUUAUCAAUGAUGACACAAUAUUGUGGUGUUGUCAGUAGUACUACCAAGUGAUAUUUAAAAAACAGAUAUUACACAGAUUUGCAGGUCAUGUAAUUUUGCAGAUGAUAAUUAUUAACAUAGUUGAGUUCAGAAAAUGAUUUUUGGUGCCCAAGGCUAUAUUGCAUGAAGAAGAGAAUGUGUUAUAACAAAUUUUCGAGAAUGUAUCUUUAUUGAUAUACUUUCCUAUUACAAAACAGUACAAUUUCCAUUUUUUAUUUGUAUUGAUAAAACAAUAGCAACAAAAGCUGAUGCAGGCUUUUUUAUAUGUGAUUAUUUAAUUUCUAUUAUCCAUAAACAGUGUCAUACUUUAGCUAUAUGAGCUGUCAUAAGACUUUCAUGUGUUUCACUUUUAAUAGUGUUAUUUGCUGAUUGAUGUUCACAAAGGUCUGAUGUUUUAGAAUAUUCUUAAGAGCAUAGUUAUCUGAAUUGCUGCAUUAUGGGUGUAGCAAAGACCCGACAGUAUGAAGAACAACUAGAUUUUUUUCAUAAGGGCCAAAAAUACCAAAGCUAGUUUGAAUUAUAUCUUAGCUUAUAUUAAUGAUAUAUAGAUAUUAUAGCAUUGCUAUAAUAUCUAUAUGCCCUUAGUAUAAGCUUCUUACUCUUUACCAUGCAAACUACGACCAAUUAGUAUCCGUAAACAGCCAGUGUAUAGUAAUUUACAAUUUGAUUGAAAGAUCAAAGCAGUUUGGUUAUCAGAUAUGGUAGUGUGUCAGAAGUGACCAUGGGCCAUCCUUUUGUUAUGAAAUGAAUGGUUUAUAAGCAUGUAGAUAUUGUAUUUACAGAAGACUAGAACCAGUCUUAAGAGUUUCUUAAAGCAGAAUCCUGAAUUGCAAGUUAUUGUUGCAUUCUUGAGAAUAUUGAUUAUUAAACCAAUUUCUCAAGAGUAUUUUUCUUUCUCUUUAUUUUCAACAUUUAAUGUAAUUUGUACAUAUUUCUGCUGUAGAUAGAAUAUUGGCUACUGUCAAGUUUUGAGUCUUACCAAGUGCAUUCUCAGCAAAAGAAUAAUAUAACUGAAAACUGCCUUCCAUUCAAGUGAAUAUAAUUAUUUUAUGCUAUGAGUAUAUUAGAUGCACUUCUGUUGUAAAUCAGUAUGUAUAUAAACAUAUAUGUAUUAUUAAAUAUUGUUAAAGUAUGUUGAAUAUAAGAUCUGACUACACAAUGGCUGAAAGAGAUGGAAAAUAGUCUCAAUUAUUGUAUGGAAUGGUUAUUCUGAUUUUUCUGUCCUUCACUGUAUAGGCACUGUUCGAAUUAUGGCAAGGACAUCAGUAUUAAUUUUAAUAGGUCCCAUGCUGUGAUCUGAGCUUUCCAAUUAGGCAUGGAAACAGAGCACAGAAAAAGAGAAACUAGUUUUUCAUGAUAUAUGUGAAUAAUGAAAUUUAGGAGGGAAGUCAUUAUUAAAAAUAGGUUUUGCAAUUUAUUUUUCUUGUGUUGUUUAGCUUGCCAUGAAGAUAAAGUUGUUCAGGUAAACUAGAUCAAUAUAUCUGAUUAGCUGAGCAAUGUUUGCACAUAGCUUAGAACAUACUUUUGCAGGGUAAGUGAAGGAUUUUAUUAAGAAAUUUUGUAUAAGGGACAGUCAUUCACAGUUACGGUUUGUUUGUUUCUUCACUUUGUUUUAGAUCAAAACAUCAUGAAAUGGGAUGAAUAGAAAUUGUUUUCUUUAUUUAUUUUUUUCUUUCUUGUUUUUUUUUUCACUUAGUAAGCAGCUGAUCUAAGUGCUUCUAAGUACCAUUUUUGUUACAGAUUAGUGAGCUUUUUCAGCCUUGUGAUGAAUAAUGGUAGUAUGGUUUGUUUAAUAUCUCCAAUCUUUACUUGUAGGUAGUUAGUUAUAAGUCUUCUAUUUCAAUUUAUGUUAAUUAAACCAAUCAGUUUUAUUGCUCAAAGAUGAAGGUGACCGCCUGGUAGUCUAUAUACCACCCACCCCCACCCCCUGCCAAAAAAAUAUACAAGUAAAAAAUAUCUCCAUUUGCCAGUCAUGGUGCUUAUAAGUGAACAUACGUUUAUGUUGAGUAUCUUUAGGUUCAUGUUCAUGUUGUGAGGUAGAAUGCUUGGGAUUUGAAAUGCCCCCUGAUUCCUACUAUAGUGUGUGAUAAGAUAUGUGUAUAGUUUUAAACAAUUUUCUUUUUCUUCACCAUCUUGUCAGUGUCAGAAUCUGUAGCUGGUUAAAGUGUUUUUAUCUAUUAAGAGGUAUUAUUUUUAUUCAGUUUUCAGCAUUUUUAUUUUGUAGUUUAACAAAUAGAAUUGAAUGUUAUAAUUAGGAUUGUUCUCUGUUAAGAAUCAAAGUUCUUUUUUUUUUUUUUUCUUCAAAGCAGGAGUAGGGUAGUCAAAAUAUAUAUUGGAAAAAUAUAUAGAUAUACUUUAUUUCAUUUCAUUUUCUAAGGGUACUUCAUGUUCCAUUUUCAACAUUUUUGCAUUUGUCAAAAUUUCACGUAUCACUUGUACAUUUUUUCAUGUGUUUUAUCGUUACCAACUUACAUAAGCUCUCUAUGAAACACUCUGUUAAGGUUUUUUCAUGUUUUUUUUUCUCGAUUUUUCUUAUUCAUAUAGAAAACUCUAAAAGACCACUGGCUCAAAAUUCCUUCUGUGCUAUGAUAUGUCUGUAAGGAUGCAUGUGUGUAUGUUUGUAUCUUAGUUUUUAAGGUUACCAAUGUCUUCUUAUAUUUUGAUUUAGAAAUGCGAGGGGAUAAUUUAGCUUCAUGUAGGCUGUGAUACCACUGUUGUUUUGUCACAUCCUUCGGAUUUUGUCUGAUAUUUUUGAUAAAUUGAGACGUGGAAGAGAUAUUGGUAAUUCUGAUCAUUUGGUUUCAUCUGCGGGUUGUUCUGAUGUCCUCAGGGUGAUGCUCCAUUACCAGUCAUGUUUACUUGAAUGUCUUGUUAUCAUUUGUCCUUGUGUUGCUCAAACAUUUUCCUUUUUUCUGUUGCAAAUGGUUGUAUUUGUAAUUUCUAAGAUUUGUAUAGAGCUCAGACAAUGUGAUGUUUUCCUGAAUAGAUUGUCAUUAUCAGCUUUUACAGAAAAGGAUAUAUACAGAAGAAUUCGAAACUAAAUGUUUGUACACAACUUGUUCAGUGAUUGGAGUAGUGCUGUACUUGUACUUGUUUGAUGUUUGAUGAGUGUACACUGAAAAGGCUAAUAUGCUGAACUUCCCAUGUUCCCUAAUUAGUGAAUACGUAAUUCUCUCACAGUGCUGUAGAACAAUAUACUUUUGUUUAUUAUGAAAUUAAUGACAACGUCUGAGCUUUACAUAACCUCUGCCAACUUUGCCAUCUCAUCCUUUGCAUUUGUAAUGGAUUAUUGCUUCUUAAACAAUUUCUGAAAUUUGGGGAGCAUAUUAGUUUCUUUCUUAAAUUUUUAUUUAGAAAUUCUUAAUAUGGCAUAUACUGCUUCUGCAAUGUGCCAUUUACUACUACCUUUUGUACUGUUUCUGUUAAUGUGCUACAAAUAGAACAAGGCAGCUAUUUCCAACACUUCUAUUACUGUUACUAUCAGUGAUACUGCCACAGUGAUGAUGAGAAUAAUCAUAUUAAUAAUGAUGUUUUCAUUUUAUUUUUUAUUGAUAUUAUUCACAUUAUACUUUUUAUCUUAUUAUUGCUA